AUGAGGUGCCCCUCACUGUUUGGACCUGCGACGGCUGGCUCGUCGACAGCUCUGCAGCUAUGGAUCUUGGGCCAAUUGUCCCGCAUUUCUGCAUUAUCGUUCCAGCCAGUAUCUAGCCCGGAACUGGACCUCUCACGUCUCGGACAAGUUGCUCUCACAGGUGACUUCGACGCCGUAACCUUCUACGAGUACGCCGAACAACGAGACGCGAAACUCGGCAACGAUGACUCCCAGUCGAUCCUCGCUCCUCUUCCGAAUGGAAUCCUCACCACACUAUCUACCACCGACGCCGGAAUCCGUGCAAUGUGCGCCUUCACUAAGCAGGACGCGACACACUCUGGGAUAUAUGUCGGAGGAAAUUUCACCAGCCUAGGGGACGACAAGGCCCAGGGCUUCGCGCUUUAUGAUCCGAAUUCGAACAAAGUGACAACCCUCCCAGGACUUUCGGGCUCAGUAUCGGCAUUGCUUUGCGACCAGGAAACCAGCACCGUCUACGUUGGCGGCUCUUUCACACAAGGGAAUACAUCGAAUGCGGCGGCUUGGGUUGUUGGCGACGGGUGGACCGAUUUAUCGUUUGGUGGACUCAACGGACCGGUUAGCUCGAUCAUCAAAAAUGACGAGGGCCAUAUCAUCUUUGGUGGAUCAUUCGACGAUAUCGGCAACUCGACGAAUCUGUCAAGUUCAACCAAUUCUUCAACCAAUUCAACAGAGAACACGGAGCAAGUCAUCAAUCUAGCAAAUGCAACGAUUACUUCGAGUACCACAUCUACCAGGACAGGAUUCACCGACCCCAAGAACAUUAUUUGCCAGACCAGUGGCGACGGAGGUGCGGGAGAGACGUGGUUGUUGGCAGACUAUGCAUUGGGAUACUGGCGCGCAGAUAUGCGCUACAACUUCAGUCCGACUAGGCUCCGCGUAUACAACACGCAUUACGAGGGAAGGGGUACCAAGUCCUUUCUGUUCAGACGGCUGCCCGACAACGGAAUCAUGAAUCUGACCUAUACGGAUCCCUCCACCGGAGAUGAUGUUAACUGCGACCAGUAUUGCUCGCUCUCGGACAGCUCGGACGAGGAAUACCGUGAUUUCCGAUUUGUAAAUCAGGUUGGCAUGACCGGAUUCAUGUUCGAGAUUCGGGAUUAUUAUGGCACUGGCGCCGGGUUGAAUGGCAUUGAAAUAUUCACAAAUGAUGUCUUCACUUAUGCCAUCAGUGACUUCAACGAACCCACCUGCGGCAACAGCAGUGGUAUCUCUACGUCUAAUGUGUCAGGAUCGUGGACUGUCACUCAAGGAGACGACAGCCCCAACGACUAUUUGACGGCGCAGGUAUCUGACUCUGAUGCGGCCAGCACUUAUGUCGUUUUCGAGCCCAGCAUCCAGCGUUCCGGCAACUACUCUAUCCUCAUGUCUACCCCCGGCUGUGUACAGGACGACACCUGCGACUCUCGAGGAAUUGUCAACGUGACGGCUACUGUUCAGGCAGACUCUACGGACCGCAUCGAGAAGCAGCUCUAUCAGACGAACAACUACGAAAAGUACGAUGAAAUCUACACCGGUCCUGUAGACGUUAGCGAUGAUUCAUUUCGUCCUCGUGUGACUCUUAGUCCAGUUGCUGGCCAAGGGGAUAUCACCGUUGUGGCUUCUCGAGUCAGGUUCCAGCUUAUUUCGGCGUCCAACGACACGAGCAUUGAAUUGAAUGGUUUAUUCGAGUAUGACCCUACUUCGAAUAAUGUCACUGCGAAUCUACUGAAGUCAACAAUCAACAGCGCAACGGCACAGCUAGAUUCUGACGCGUCCAUCAAGAGCUUAGCGACCCAUGGGGGCGUGAUCUAUGCUGGAGGCAAUUUUUCAAGCUCCAACAUCAAGAACGUAUUCUUGCUUGAGCAAGAUGCAAAUGCUACUGCCAUGCCUCAAGGUGGCUUGAAUUCUGAGGUAACCACAAUGGCGGUCCUCAGCAAUAAGCUUUAUGCUGGCGGAAAUUUCACUGGAACGGUCAACGGAGAUCACGAUCUCAACUAUGUCGCCACCUAUUCAUUUGAGUCUAAAUCCUGGUCAGCUCUUGGAGGGGGAGUCAAUGGGCCAGUCAAGGGAAUCUUUGCGCUUCCUUUGAAUGUUUCAACCGACCUCAACGAGACAAUUAUCGCUGUCAGCGGUGACUUCGACGAACUUGUCGCUUUUGACGAUUAUCCCGCGGUUGCCGUUACCGGCUUCGCUGCGUGGGUUCCUUCGCGCAACAACUGGGUUCAAAACCUCAAUGUCAGUCAAUCACAAUUCACGGGCCAUCUUUCAGCUUUUGCGAGGUUCAACGGCACAACAAUCCUGGGCGGAAGUCUAUCAUCAGGUGGACUGACUGCUGGUGGAGCGGUGGCACUACUUCAAGAAGAUGAACUUCAGCUUGAAGCUCUGCUGAACAGCACCCAAUCAACUGGUCAAACCGUCACUGGUAUAUAUGACACAAGUUCCGGCCGCAACUUGACAAUUCUUGGAGGUCACUUCAAUGUGACCACGAAUGGCUCUACAGUGCGCAACCUGGCCUUCUUGGACGGAAGCACUGGCUCUAUAAGUGGCCUGGGGACAGAAAUUGAAAGCAACUCCACGUUCCUCACUCUCGCCAUUGCGAGCAACGUUCUGUACGCUGGCGGUAGGAUCAGUGGAACAGUUGGUAACACCAAAUUAGAUGGACUGGUGCUGUACGACCUCCAAAAUGGAACAAUCGUACAGGAGCAGCCUUCGAGAUUCAAUGGCAAAAAUGUGUCCGUGAACUCGAUUGCGCCUCGUCCAGACUCCAAUGAAAUUUAUGUGGGAGGUCAUUUCGACGCCGCUGGUGCUCUGAGUUGCCCAGGCAUUUGCUACUAUGACACCGACAGCCAGCAAUGGAACCGACCAGGAGUCGAACUUGAGGGAAGCGUUCUCGCGCUCAAGUGGGCUAAUGACAACACAUUGAUCGCUGUUGGUAACCUGACUGUUGCAGGCAAUGAGACCGCAGUCGCAAGCUAUUCUACCAAAAAGCAAAACUGGGAGGUUUUCGAGGGGGCUUCAAGUUCGUCCAUCCCAGGUACUGUUACGGCCUUUAGCCCGGCCAAUGGGGACAUGUCACGAUUCUGGCUUGCUGGGCAGUCGAUCAAUGGCUCUAAUUUUGUCGUCAACUAUGAUGGCUCUGCGUUCCAACCGCCGCAAGAAAUCUUUGAUGAUGGCACGGUGAUCAGUGGGCUCGAUGUUCUCCCUCUAGCCGAUGACCAUGACGACAGUGAUCUACUGAACAGAGAUCUUGCUCUGUUGAUUACUGGUCAAAUAGCAGUCCCAGACUUUGGCAUCGCCUCUGCUGCACUGUUCAACGGUACUGCGUUGAUUCCCUUUAUCAUCUCAUCUACAUCCGAUGGUCAAUCCGGCCGCAUGUCGCGCAUGUUCUAUGAGAACAGCAACCCCUAUGCUAGAGAGAGUGGACAUCGCUCCAACGGAAUUGUUGUUCUGGUGGCCUUCUGCUGUGCGCUUGGCUGUGUUUUCCUGAUCGUCAUUGCUGGUGUCAUCUUCAAUAAGAUUCAGCGACGCCGACAAGGAUAUAUGGCGGCCCCUCAGGCAACCGGAACGGACCGACCGACCUCCAUGCGUCGGCUCCCUCCGGAGUAUCUCUUCAAUUCGUUGAAGCAGCCCAACCCCGGGGCGCCCUCUAUAUGA